CAUAACCUCCAUACCCAAUACCAAAAAACCAUGACAAAUCCCCUCUUUUUUGCUUCACUCUCCAUCCCGCUUAUUGCUAUUCCUCUUCUCUAUUGGGUCUACACCUGUCCCAAAAACAAAUACAAGCAAACCAAUCUUGUUCUCUAUGUGCAUGACUACCUCACCGGUGAUGACAAGUCAGCAAUGACAGUGGCCGGAAAAGAGGGGCCCACCACUAGCAUCAUGCAUUUCGGGACCCUUCUGGCACAUGAUGAUCCAGUAACUGUAGGCCCUGAUCCCAAGUCUGAAGAAGUUGGAAGGGCGCAAGGUAUGUACAUCAACAGUCAGCUAGAUGGGAAGGCUUUGUUCAUGAUCUUUUCUGUCAUGUUCACCGAUGGGGAGUAUAAAGGGAGCACACUCGAGAUUCAGGGAGCCGAUCCUUUUGUGCUGAAAGAAAGAGAGUUUUCAGUUGUUUCAGGAACAGGUUAUUUUCGGUUUGUGAGGGGGUAUGGAAUCAUGACAACAGAGUUUCUUGACAUACAGAAUUUGAGAGCUAUUAUCAAGCUUAAUAUAACGGUGAGGCAUUUUUAAAUGUUGCAUUGUGGAUUUAGAUUUUAAUUCCAUAUGGAAGUCUCGACUCUUAUUUUGUUUUGGCUGGGUUGCAAUUAAACUUGUGUUAACAAACGCACACCAGUUGCAACUUUGUGGCUUGAAGCCUUUAAGGCUUUAACCAUCCCUUUAGUGGACUUUUGGCCCAAUAGUUUCGGGACUAUCAGCUAUAUAUGUGUAUUUCUAUAUCUAAUAAACUUCGGUCAUCUUCUCCUCUAUAAAACCAUUGGCUAAAUAUGUAUUUUAACAGAAAUAAUCGAUUGUUAAUCAGAUAAUA